CGCUGCAAAAGCUACACUACUACGAAGUACAGCUAUUACGAUUUACUAGCUGUGCACUUUGGUUAACCGCAUACUAGUACAAGCACUACGUACUAUAUCUUCCCUCUACUACCAUCGAGUGCAGUGGGCUAUUAACACCAAAAAUACUACCGCGCAACUGCUUCAAUAGUUUAGCCCACCAGUCUCACCACCCCAAGAUCCCAGAUCUCAGAUCUGACUUCCGUACAGUUCGCGUUUCCUGAGCCGUGCUACAGUCCACGUCCCGCAUACAUCGACACCCGUGCAGUCGCGGGAUACGACCGUCCCUUCGACCCUUCGAUUCCAAUCACCCUCGAAAGGUCACGCGAUUCUCGAAUUGCCCUCCCAACUUGCUGGACCGUCUCCUUCCACCCUCGUCCUAUCAUACUACUCAUAAGACGGCCCAAACCCUUCUCCUCGCUUCACGCUACUCCAACAAGGCGCUCCAAGACCCCCGGCGGCAUCAUUCGGGCUUGCCAUCGCGCCUCGAUCCCGGACCUGACUCCCACUUACAUGCGCUGGUCAAUGAAAGUCGCAAUCCAGUCGCGUUCGGAAUGCUAUUACGACUCCCCAAGAAUCUGCACUACCCUCUCACUAUCACCAAGAUAGAGAAGCGCGUCGGCGAGUUUGUCUCUCGCGACGACGACCUUUUCCUUUAUUCCUAUACCACAAAGGUCAAGGAGGGUAGCCGCUAUGAUGAUGAAGAGCAUGAAGUGGAAAAGAAGUUUGUCUCACAUUUCGCCAGCACCCUUGAGGGAGUGAUCAAGGGCUGGCGCGUAUGGGAAGGAGACGUCUUAACCCAUCCGGUAGAUGUAUGUGAGAUUGAGGAAGAAUGCCCGCAUACCGUCCAGUUCCUGGGUAUGUGUACCAAUUGCGGGAAAGACAUGACAACUGUCCAAGCAGGCAGCGAGACCACCGAUGCCGAUCGGGCACCCAUACGAAUGACCCACGACACUCCACAUUUGACCAUCAGCAAGGAAGAGGCAGCUCGAAUCGACGAGGAGGCAAAGCGUCGCCUUCUCUCUUCGCGCAAACUCUCGUUAGUUGUCGAUCUCGACCAGACAAUCAUUCAUGCGGCGGUGGAUCCUACGAUAGCGGAAUGGCAGAAGGACAAGGACAACCCGAAUUACGACGCUGUCAAGGAUGUGCGAUCUUUCCAGCUCAUCGAUGAUGGACCUGGCAUGCGGGGCUGCUGGUACUACAUCAAACUGAGACCAGGCCUGACCGAGUUUCUGGAGCACAUUUCUCAGCUGUACGAAAUGCAUAUUUACACCAUGGGAACCCGACAAUAUGCCCAGCAGAUUGCGGCAAUUGUGGAUCCAGAACGUAAGUUUUUCGGCGAUCGCAUUCUCAGCAGAGAUGAGAGCGGGAGUAUGGUAGCCAAGAACCUGGAGAGACUUUUCCCUGUGGACACAAAGAUGGUCGUAAUCAUUGAUGACAGAGGGGAUGUCUGGAAAUGGAGCGCAAAUUUGAUCCGAGUUCGGCCGUUCGAUUUCUUUGUGGGCAUUGGUGAUAUCAAUUCAAGUUUCCUGCCCAAGAAGGAGGAAAUACAGACGACACCAAAAUCCGAAGGCCAAAGGCUGUUGGAGAAUGGCGAAAAGACAGAAGAUGGGGAGGGAGACUCCAACGGUGUGGCAGAAGACGGCACUUCGACGAUUCAGAAUGGGACAUCAGCCCUCGAACAACUCAUUGCCAUGAGUGGCGGAGAUGAUCCGGCCGUCCGGGAGCUACAGAAUAAAGGACAGGAAGAAAUCAUCACGUCACAGUUGGAAGACAAACCCUUGCUCAAGAUGCAACUACAGCAGGACGAGAAAGACGAAGCAGAAGCUACUAAUGGGGAGCAGGCCGCUUCACAAUCCACCGAGUCAGACUCAAGUGAUUCCUCCGACUCGUCAGAAAUGGUAUCUUCUAAGGCCAAACCCCGUCACAGCAUUCUGAAGAAUGAUGACGAGGAGCUCAUCCAUCUCGAGGCAAGCCUCACAGCUGUCCAUGCCGCCUUUUACGCCGAGUAUGACCGAAAAAGACUUUCUGGGAAAGGAGGCCGUGUGGCAGCGCUGGCAGGGCAGGGGAAGGCACCACUGCCUAACAAUGAUGAAGAGAACGGAACGCCUGUGGACCUCCUCCUUGUGCCCGAUAUCAAGAAAGUGAUGCCGGCUAUGAAAAUGAAAGUUCUCUCUGGUGUCACAAUCGUGUUCAGCGGGGUGCUUCCUCUUGGAACCGACAUUCAGAGUGCGGACAUCAGUACGUGGGCAAAGACAUUCGGAGCCACCAUUACCGACAAGGUUGGCCGAGGCGUCACUCACGUGGUGGCUGCCCGACCAGGAACUGCCAAGGUCAAACAAGCCGUCAAGCGGGGAAUCAAGGUGGUUGGGACCGCGUGGCUGAUUGAAUCAAUGCAACAAUGGCGGAAACUGGAUGAAAAGCCAUAUCUGCUGGAAGGCGUGCGCAGCCAAAGGCACGAUGCUUCCAGCGAGAUCGGUGACAGUCUGGAAAAAUCGAUUGUGACGGCCAAUGAUUUCCUGCUCAGUUCGUCGGACGAUGAGACCACAGGCUUCAAUACCGAGGACGACCAGCCAGCACGGAAGAAGCUUAAGCUGGACGUCAGCCAGGAUACUAAUGCUACCGACGAGGACGAUUUGGAGGACUUCAUCGACGACGGUAGUCCGAUAACAAUCGACCAAGAUGAGUGGGCUGAUAUUGAUGCCGAAUUGAAGGAAUUCAUGGGAAGUGAGGCCGAGAGCGAAAGUGACACAGAUUCGGUCAGUUCCGCUCUGAGCUUCCGAGAGCGUCGCGCAGCCAAGAGACGGCGUGACGAUAGUGGAGAGGCAGAACCUUCGGCCAGCCACGUUGAGCAGUCACCAACAUCCAGGAGAACUGGGGCUGGUAGCGCUCUCAAGACGGUCGCCAAUAUCAGUAGUGAAAGAGAGUCGGAAGGAACAAAUACACCUCUGACUCCGGACUUGGAGGAAAAGAUCAGUGAGGAGCAACGAGAGGUUGAGGAGGAACAACAACGCGAGGAAGCAGAGGAAGAAGAUUCGGAUGACGAGUUUGCGAGAGAAUUGGAGCGCGAACUUGAAGAAGCCGACGCUGAAGAAGAAGAGAAGAAGUCUACGGAAUCUUCUUGAUCUGGUUAGGGAAGAUGAUUCGAAAAUGCUCCAGAAGGUCGUGAUUGACCUGACCCUCUUUACAUGUAGCGAGGCGUUUGGAAGCGGGCAUUGGCAUUGGCAUUUCCCAUCCGUUGCAUUGCUGGAGGUUUAUGCAUACAUGCAUUCAGGAUACCAUGGCGACUCAACAUGACCGCGUGGAAGAAGCCUUGCAUAGCAUCCGAUGUACGUGUGACUUGAUUUUCUGCAAUGGCAGCAGAGCUUAGCUUAGCUUAGCUUAGGCGGGCUGUGCUCGAGAAAAUAAUUGUUCAAGUGUUCAGUGUUGCGCCCUUCUCAUACAGUGCCACGUUCUCAGGUACAACUACAGUACAUCUCAUUCAUGCCAGCAGUUCCUCAUGCGGGAAAUGGUUGCCCCGGCCCGGAAGUGUCUGUUCAGAUAAAGUGUCUUCGGCACCUGCAGUCAUCUCUUGCUUUGCCCCUCGCUUUCUUCAAGAUUGCAGCUGAAUUUGAACCUAUCAAGGCUAUUGGGACCACAAGGAAAGGACUGUGCCAUGAUCAGAGGUGAAGUUAUAAACUCGAAGAUACCCUUCUGCGGAUAUUGAACGCCAGUACUAUUAGAUGCAGUUACACUUUGCUUAGUAUAUUCAGAUGAAAUACUACCAUGUCGACCAUUCCGUACCGUACUGGUAUAUUGGUAUACCUACUCUCUGAUGUUUUUCCUUUUCCCAUCUGUCAUAUCAUCAAACUUUG